GAACAGAUGGAAGAGAUAGAAAGAGUAGAGAUCUGAAGAAAUUCCAGAUGAUGGCUUCUGACGCGAGUCAUAUGCUGGAGGCAGCUUUGGAGCAGAUGGAUGACAUCAUUGCAGGUACAAAGUCAGCUACAGAGUAUGCUAAUGGUGGUUAUGAUAUUGUGUCACCUGCUCCGUCAGUGUACUUGGGCACAUUUCAAAUUCUGCAUCUCCUGGAAGAUCUAAAGAUGGCAUUGGAAAUGCUGGAGGAUCCUCAGGAGAAAGAGGCAUUGAGAAAUCAAAUUCCAGGGGCCACAGCAGUGUGUCUGCGGGAGUGGUUCGAGGAGAAUCUGUCACAGGUGAAUCAUCAUCCAUCUAAUAAUGAAACUUAUCAAGAAAGGUUGGCACGAUUAGAAGGUGAUAAAGAGUCGCUCAUACUGCAGGUGAGUGUUCUUACAGACCAGGUGGAAGCUCAAGGAGAGAAAAUCCGGGACUUGGAAAUCUGUCUUGAGGGGCAUCAGUUGAAGCUGAAUGCUACAGAAGAAAUGCUUCAACAGGAACUACUGAGUCGCACAUCGCUGGAGACACAGAAAUUAGAUCUAAUGGCUGAAGUUUCAGACCUGAAGAUUAAGCUGGUUGGUAUGGAAAAGGAACAGAGUGAAUAUGAAGAGAAACAGAACAAAGCUGAGUCAGUAGUGAACCUGAUCAGUGACCUACAGGAGCAGAUGUGUAGACUGCAGCUGGAAAUUAAUAGUAGAAUCCAAGAAAGAAAGUCUCAAGAUAGGAAACCAGACUUGACACCUAAUGGUCCUCAAUCUGGCCCAAGAUCAGUAGAGACUCUGAGCCAGAAGAAUUGUUCUUGGUGUGAUGGUUUGCUGCAGGAACUUAGGCACCUCAAAAUUAAAGUGGAAGAGCUGGAAAAUGAAAGAAAUCAAUACGAGUGGAAAUUAAAAGCAACUAAAGACCGUCGAAUAGAGGAGCUGACGCUGUUGCUAAACCAGUACAGGAGGGUCAAAGACAUCAUGAUUGCAGCUCAUGGCUCUUCUGUCUCUGGUGGCAGUGAAGAGGAAGUUGAGAUAACUUUAAGGAAGUGGAAUCUUUUGAAUAAUUCUCAAGGAGAAUUACUGAAAACAGAGGCCUCUUCAGGAGAAUUGUCACAAGCUGUGCUCCCUCCGGUGCCACACAAAGCUAUGGAAAUCAGUGGAAGCAUUCCAGUAUCUUCGACUAAUAUGACCUCUCCACAAGAAGAAUCUUUGGAAAUCAUAAACAGGGUUCCACAGAAAAAAAAGUCAAGUAGUUUAGAAGACUUGCAGAGUGAAUCCCUGGAAAAGUAUGUAGAUGGAAAACCAGCACAGCCUGUUGUAGAACAAGAGAGUAAGCCAGUUGUGAAGGGCAGCAAGUACCAAACCUUGCCAGGAAAGAUGCCUCGACCCUUGCAGAAUGGAGAGCAGGGAACGUAUCACUCUCCGGACGGAUGUGGGAUGAGCGAGGAAAAUGGCGUCCCGGGCCUGAAUCGCAUCAGGAGUGUCAGUGCACCAGUGCUAGGAGAAACAGAGAACAUGGAUGGUACAGUAGUCUCAGAUGACCCUUCACCUCUUUCUUCGGGAACGGAUUCAAGUCCACAAUCUCCAUGGUCUCCAGAAAACAGAAAGAGUCCAAAAGGGAUCAAGAAAAUCUGGGGAAAAAUAAGAAGAACUCAGUCAGGUAACUUCCCUGCAGACGACCUGGGGUUGGCAGAGUUCCGAAGAGGUGGCCUCCGUGCUACAGCUGGGCCUCGGUUAUCCCGCUCCAAGGACACCAAAGGCCAGAAGAGUGACUACAACGCUCCAUUUGCUCAGUGGAGCACUGAGAGAGUUUGUAACUGGCUUGAGGACUUUGGUCUCGGCCAGUACGUCAUUUUUGCGCGGCAGUGGGUGACGUCGGGCCACACACUGUUAACUGCCACACCUCAGGACAUGGAAAAGGAAAUGGGAAUAAAGCAUCCACUGCACAGGAAGAAAUUAGUUUUGGCCAUUAAGUCAAUAAAUGCAAAACAGGAUGAGAAAUCUGCACAACUUGAUCAUAUCUGGGUGACACGAUGGCUCGAUGACAUUGGCUUACCUCAGUACAAAGACCAGUUUCAUGAAUCCAGAGUUGAUGGGAGGAUGUUGCAGUACUUAACUGUGAACGACCUUCUCUUUCUGAAAGUCACCAGUCAGCUGCAUCAUCUGAGCAUUAAAUGUGCCAUUCAUGUGCUGCACGUCAACAAUUUCAACCCCCACUGCCUACGCAGGAGACCGGUUGAGGAGAAUGUGUCACCUUCUGACGUGGUUCAGUGGUCCAACCACCGAGUGAUGGAAUGGCUCAGAUCAGUGGAUCUGGCAGAAUAUGCACCAAACCUUCGAGGGAGUGGAGUGCACGGGGGCCUGAUUAUUCUCGAACCUCGCUUCAACGGGGACGCGCUGGCCAUGCUCCUGAACAUCCCACCUCAAAAGACCCUCCUGCGCCGCCACCUCACCACCAAUUUUAAUGUAUUAAUUGGACCAGAGGCACAGCAAGAAAAAAGAGAAAUAAUGGAGUCGGCAGCAUACACACCUCUGACCACCACUGCCAAAGUUCGGCCAAAGAAACUUGGAUUUUCCCACUUUGGAAACUUAAGAAAAAAGAAGUUUGAUGAAUCAACAGACUACAUUUGCCCUAUGGAUACAAACCCAGCUGCUACGAAUGGUACUCCAAAAAACUAUGGUGGAUACAAAGGACUUAGUCCUUUCACUGAUAGGGAACUGGAUCAGAUGGAACACUCAGAAGGCACAGUAAUGCAAAUAGGGGCUCUUUCUCAAGGCAUAAGCCAGCUUACGACGCUGUUAAGCCAGGAUGAAAUGCUGAAUGACAGCAAGUUUUUAGCACCUACCUUUGAAGACUGGAGAUGAUGUUCCAGCGUGACCAAGAACACUACUCAUACCUCAUGCCUGUCAGGAGUGGCCAGGAGCAGCUGGAGGCCCUGGUGCAGGAUGGCUUUACCUCUCUUCUACUACUGUGACUUAGCACAUAGCAUUUAAUGUAGCCACACCUUACAGGUAACUCUCCUCUGUGCUGUUUUUCCACAUAGUGUUAUAUGAAAUAGGUGUUG